UGUUGUCAUGAAAGACAGUCAAAAGAGCUCCUCUAAUAAACUUUUCCCCAACGUGAAAGAAAACCUGAAGCCCACGGUGCCAAAGUUAUACCCAGAAUCUUCUCUGUUCGCCAGCUGGGGUGAUGACCUAUCAGAAGAGGAUCAAAAGAUGGCUCAAGGCCUGUUUGAGAUUCACGGAUACGCCUUCCUGAGCAACCAGUUACCACUGGACAGGAAGCUUCCAGACACCAGAGACAGCAGCUGGGCACAAGUCCAGUCUUCUCCUAAAGGACUCACACAUCACGAAGUUGUGUACAGAAAACUGGACAGGAUCGAUGAGACCUUAAACAAACUGGCUUUGUUAUUGGUGGCAUCCGGUCAAAAGAGCUCCUCUAAUGAACUUUUCCCCAACGUGAAAGAAAACCUGAAGCCCAGGGUGCCAAAGUUAUACCCAGAAUCCUCUCUGUUCGCCAAAUGGGGUGAUGACCUACCAGAAGAGGAUCAAAAGAUGGCUCAAGGCCUGUUUGAGAUUUACGGAUACAACGCCUUCCUGAGCAACCAGUUACCACUGGACAGGAAGCUCCCAGACACCAGAGACAGCAGAUGUCUCCAGAAGAAGUAUCCCAGAAACCUUCCAACCAUCAGUGUGGUGUUGAUCUACGUAAAUGAGGCUCUUUCUAUCAUUCAGAGGGCAGUAAGAAGCAUCAUCACCCACACUCCCAAACGCCUGCUGAAGGAAAUCAUUCUGGUGGACGACUGCAGCACUUACAAUGACCUUAGGAAACCUUUAGAAGACUACAUAGCUCUGAUUCACAAAGAGAGACCUGGACUCAUUAAGAAAGUGCGGCAUCAAAGACAAAUGGGCUUGUCCCAGUCCCGGAUCUCUGGUUGGGAGCAUGCUACGGCUGAUGUCGUGGCCAUUUUGGAUGCCCACGUUGAAGCCACAGAGGGAUGGGCAGAGCCUCUGCUGGCCAGGAUCAAUGCUGACCGGACCGUGGUGGUGUCGCCGGUGUUUGAUAAGGUCCAUUUUGACGACCUACAUGUGGAACAAUACAUCGCGUCUGCACAUGGCUUCGACUGGGCUAUGUGGUGCAUGUACGAGUCCUUUAACGCUGACUGGUUGGAGAUGGAAGAUGAGUCACAACCUAGAAAGAGUCCUUCUGUUAUGGGAAUCUUUGCAGCAGACAGACAUUUCCUUGGAGAAAUCGGAGGCCUUGAUGGAGGCAUGACAGUUUAUGGAGGAGAGAACGUUGAAUUUGGGAUCCGUGCGUGGCUGUGUGGAGGAAGUGUGGAGGUCGUCCCUUGUUCUAAGAUCGCUCACAUUGAAAGAGCUCAUAAACCGUAUGCUCCUGAUCUCAGCGUCACCAUGAGGAGGAACGCUCUGAGGGUCGCAGAGAUCUGGUUGGACGACUACCGGAAAAACACGUUUAUCGCCUGGAACGUUCCUCUGAAGGAUCAUGGAAUUGACAUCGGUGACGUUUCAGAGAGGAAGAAGCUGAGGGAAAAGCUGAACUGUAAACCUUUCCAGUGGUACCUGGACAACGUCUAUCCAAGUCUGGAUCCAUUGAACAACCUGCUGGGCUAUGGGGUGCUGCAGAACACCAUCCUGAAGAGCGGCUGUGUGGACCAGGGACCUGUUCCAGGAAACAUCCCCAUCUUGUACGAGUGCCACUUCCAGGAACCACAGUACUGCUACUACAACGCAGACGAUGAAAUCAUCAUCGGAUUGAUUAAAUCUCACAAAUACAACAAGAACCGCUGCCUGGUGGACCCAGGAACAGGAAGUACUCCCACCCUGCACCAGUGUGAGCUGGCCAAGCACAACCAGCUGAACAUGCACUGGGACUUCCGACAGGGCCAAGCCAUCAGGAACAAGGAAACAAACAGAUGUCUGGAGAUCGCUGUGGGAGAAAGUAAUGAAUAUGAGCUCAUCAUUCAGAAGUGCACUGGACAGCGAUGGACGAUUGAGCAUCUCAUCACUAGUUUUUAGUUCUAUUCUUUAACACAUUUUAUGUUGUAUUAGUGUGGGCUCAUGUGAACUGGGUUGAUGAGUACUGAGUGGAAGUCUGAACUUCUUGUCUUUGAGCUAAUUUCUUUUUUAUUUAUUUGUUUAAUUUUUUCAGCCUGUGAUUUCUUUAACUACCUUUGAAAUUAAACUGAUCCCAAGAGAUUGAAUUAUCAUUACUUUUUGGUAUUUUAACCCUCGUGUCGUCCUGCGGGUCAGAUUGACCUGAUUUAAGGUUAAAAAUGUGGGGGAAAAAAUAUUUUCACAGUAAAACUUCCGAUGUCCACAUUUUCAACAUUUUUGGGAAAUCUUUAAACAUUUUUUGGUCGAAAAAAAGAAAUGUUAAAAAUGUUUCUUAAGAACAUUCACAAAUCCAGCAACAUUCGCUGUAUUUUGUGAAUGUUCUUAAAGGAAAUAUUAGAGGUUUUAUUGAUAUAUAUAUAUAAUCGCUUUAGAUAUUUUAAAGAUUUUUUGUGGAAGAUUUUUACUCAUUUUUUAAAAAUAUUUCCAAGAAUUUUCUUGCCAGAUUUGGGGGAUUAUUUUUUAUAAAUAAAACUAUUAAGGGAAACUUUCAAGGAAUUAUUUUAAUUUUCUUCCUGAAGGUUUUGAAAUUUUUCAGAAAUUUGAGAAUUUUUUUUGCUGAAUUUUUGAAUUUUUUUUCAGACAAGGAAACAAUAUUUUUUGGUGGCCGUAAAUGAUGACAACAGAAGGGUUAAGAUGAGGAAUAACUGAGUACAUGUAAUGAACGAUAAAUGUAGUUGUUCUCAAUAAUGACAAUAAAGACAUUCUGAUUCUGAUAA